UCCUUUUUCUUUUUUUUUUUUUUUAUUUUUUUCCUGGCCUUUCUUUCUUUCCUUCUUUUUUUUUUUUAAUUCCUUUUUUUAUUAUUAUUUUUUUUUCUUCCGUGAAGGGAGGGGUGGCUGCCUUGCUGGCUGGCGGGUCGGUUGCAAAAAGCGAGAGAGAAAAAAAAAAAAAAAGCCAAAAAAAAAAAAAAAGAGAGAGAGAGAAAAGAAAGGGAGAGAAAAAAAAAAAGCAAGCCAAACAAAAACCAAACCAAAAACCAAACCAAACAAACAAACAAAAAAACUUCAUUCGGAUCUGAAAGUGGCAGGAAAGUGCCUGGCAAGUUGCAGGGAUGGAGCUACACAGCUUGCAAGAGGCGUUAAAAGUGGAAAUCCAAUGUCAUCAGAAACUAGUUGCACAGAUGAAGCAAGAUCCACAGAACGGGGAUCUUAAGAAACAAAUCCAUGAAAGGCAAUCAAGAAUAGCAGCUCUUAAUGAGAAACAAAAGCUGGCGGUGCGGAGCUGCCCCGCGGCCGUGCUGGUGGGCAGCGGCGCCAGCGGCAGCGCCAAGCCCGGCGGCGUCCCGGCUCUCCUCAAGGCACCCGGCGGCGGCGGCGGCGGGAGCCCCAGCGGCAGCCCCGGGCAGAGCCUGGCCAUCUCCGUCCUGCCGGCCAAGGCUCCCAUCGCGAUGGUCACGGCGCACCUCAACGGCGGGCUGGGCUGCAGCGCCGCGGGCGUGGAGCCCCCGCAGAGCGCCCCCAUCAACCUGCAGACCACGGCCAAGCUGGUCGGCGCCCGCCGGCCGCCCGAGCUCGGCUCCAACGCCCAGACUUUGGGAACUAUCACUGCAGUGCCCAUUAAGGUUCCUCAGGUCAGCUCCUUGCAGAGGUUGGCAGGACAAGGACCAGCAGUGCUACCUCAGGUUAGGCCAAAGACCCUGAUUCCAGACAGCCUCCCUAUCUCCCCGUGCAGAGACCAACCUUCCAAGCAGCCUCCUACCUUCCAGAAGGCAACCGUAGUCAGCAUCAAAAACCCCAGCCCUGCCCUCCCGACUGCCAAUAACACCGUCAGCCAUGUACAGACGCCUAACAGCCAGUCACAAAGUGUCACCGAGUCUACGGCUAUUUCAUCACCUCUGAGCAGUGCAGGUGUGGCGUACGCCAUCAUUUCCACCUCCCCCAACAAUGCAACUCCUAUCAGCACCAGCGCGACUGUCUCUGUGGUCAACGACAGCAUUAAAGUGCAACCACUCCUCAUUAGUGCCGACAGCAAGGUUAUCAUUAUUCAGCCUCAAGUCCAAACCCAGACAGAAAGUAAAGUGGAGACAAAGAAACCUCCUGAAGAGUCAGCUCAGGGACCCCCUGCUACCAAAAAGAAAAAGGAGGAAAAUCCAGAGAAAAUUGCCUUCAUGGUAGCAUUAGGACUGGUUACAACAGAACAUUUGGAAGAAAUCCAGAGCAAGCGUCAGGAAAGAAAGAGAAGAAGCACAGCAAAUCCAGCCUACAGUGGACUCUUGGAAACAGAGCGGAAACGCCUUGCAUCAAAUUAUUUGAAUAACCCCUUGUUCCUUUCAACAAGAGCAAAUGAGGAUCCAUUCUGGAAGAAUGAGAUCCACCACGAUGAGCACUGCACUGCUUGCAAGCGUGGCGUUAACUUGCAGCCCUGCGGCACAUGUCCCAGAGCAUAUCACCUCAACUGCUUGGACCCACCCCUCAAAACUGCUCCCAAGGGGGUCUGGGUCUGUCCAAAGUGCCAACAGAAGGUGUUAAAGAAAGAUGACAAUGUGCCAUGGACUGGAACUCUGGCUAUUGUUCACUCCUAUGUUACUCAUAAAACAGUCAAAGAAGAAGAGAAGCGAAAGUUAUUAAAGAGAAGCAGUGAGCUGAAGAGUGAGCAUAGACAGUUAGAAGAAAAAGAUCGACUUCUCAACAAUGCAGUGAAGAAAUGCUUAGAGCUAAAAACCAGCCUGUUGGCCCAGCAGAAAGGGACUCAGUCAUCACUGGAACGUCUCAAAACCCUCAUUAGACUGAUACAAAACGAGCAGAUGAUUCAGGUUACCAUGACGACCACCACCACCUCCUCCCUGCUAACUGUCCCCUGGAUCAAACCCUCCUCUGCCUCCGCUGCCAUGCACAAAGCCUUGCAGCAAUCACAGGGUAACAACUGACAGAGCCGGCUGCGAGACGGCGAAGGAAAGGGGGGAAAAAAAGAACUUUAUACACAUGCGCAGAGGAGAGAUUAAACUGAAACAAAGGAGAGAAGGAACAAUCUCAGUUUUGAUACGCGUAGAAACUUGCAAACCAAUCAGUCCAGUUUGUAGGUCACUGUGGCAGCAGGUUCCCAUGGAGCGGGUUGUGCUGCGGUUUUGUAUUUGCCGAGACCUUCAGUGCUUAUGAGAUUUUUUUUGUUAUGUUGGCCUUAAUGUAUUUAUGACUGAGGAUGACCAGGAAAAGUAUGGCCGGUAGGACGUGGGAUAUCCUUUUGUGGGGAGCAGACAGGUUUCCAGUUCUGCUGUAAGGGGGAAAAAUUUUCAAUGCAAAGAGUUAGUGAGCUAGUAGAGAAGUAGUUGGGCUGAAAGCUGUGUGUGGGAGGGAAAUCGGUGAGAUGAUGAUAACCAGAAACUGAACUGCUUAGGACUCGACAUGAAUUCUUAUCAGAGGAACAAAGUUGGCCCCAUUGAUUCAGGUGACCUGGAGAUGGGGCCGUUUUGACCAGAACGGCGUCAUGGACACUCACAGAGCCUUCGAAACAAAAGAUCCGUUUUUUUCAGUAUUAUUAGAGUUGAGAAUUGCAGAUAUUUAAAUAAAGAAACUGUAU